AUGCUCCGAGAUUAUCACUGGCCCAAGGUCGUCCAUCCUUCCAUUGCAGAUUUACAGCCAGAACCGAAAUCUUUGUUUGGAUCGAUCUUUGGAGGAGGCAAGAAGAAGAAGAAGGUCAUCGCAGAGCUGCCCCCAAAUAUGCCCAAGGGCCUAUACAUGUUUGGCGACGUGGGCUCGGGAAAGACCAUGCUCAUGGACCUGUUCUACGACACACUGCCAUCAAACGUCACCUCGAAGACCCGGAUACACUUUCACAAUUUCAUGCAGGAUGUGCACAAGCGUUUGCACAAACUACGUAUGCAACAUGGCUCAGACUUCGAUGCAGUGCCGUUCGCUGCAGCCGACAUUGCAGAGACAGCCCAAGUUCUUUGCUUUGAUGAGUUCCAGUGUACAGACGUGGCCGAUGCCAUGAUAUUGCGGCGCUUAAUCGAGGCGCUGAUGUCGCACGGCGUCGUCAUAGUCACCACUUCGAAUCGGCACCCAGAUGACCUCUAUAAAAAUGGAAUCCAACGACAGUCCUUUAUACCUUGCAUCGAUCUGCUGAAGAAGCAGCUGCGUGUCAUAAACCUGGAUAGCAGUACCGACUACCGCAAAAUCCCGCGCCCGCCAUCUGGAGUGUACCAUCAUCCACUGGACCGUGCUGCAGCAUCCCAUGCGGACAAAUGGUUCAAGUUCUUGGGUGACCCGGAACGAGACCCUCCUCAUCCCGUCACCAUUCAGGUAUGGGGCCGCGAUGUCGAAAUACCGCUAGUCAGUGGAAAUGCUGCGAGGUUCACAUUCAAUGAGCUAAUUGGACGUGCAACGGGUGCGGCGGACUAUAUUGAGAUGAUGCGGAAUUUCGAAGCUUUCAUUAUUACAGACGUCCCAGGCAUGUCGCAUCGAGAACGCGACUGGGCUCGGCGAUUCAUUACAUUCAUUGAUGCGGUGUACGAGAGCCAAGCCAAACUGGUCUUGACAACAGCUGUGCCACUGGGACAGCUCUUCCUGAGCAAAACGGAGCUCGAUGACAGCCUCGACAAAAUGUCGCAGAAGUCGCAUUCAGAAUCUUCCUCCAACGAGAAGGAGGUGAAAGGAAAAGUUGACGACGGAGCAGACGUGGACGAUGUGAUGCGCAACCUGAUGGACGAUUUAGGGAUGAAUAUGACUAUGCUCAAGAACAGCAGCUUAUUUAGCGGUGAUGAGGAGCGAUUUGCUUUUGCUCGUGCUUUGAGCAGACUCAGCGAGAUGGGUAGCCGGGAGUGGAUCGAACGAGGACUUGGUCUCGAGAAGCUGGGUGGUAUUGCUGAGAAGGAGGGCUGGUCACGAGUGAGGAGCAGAUGGCGGGAAGACAGCCUGUGA